CUCCGGAGCUCGAGCACGUUCCGUCUCCAGCGCUGCUCCUCCGGGAUAAUGUGCGUGAGCUCCCGCUAGCCUCGACCACCUGCGCACCAGCUCCCGUGUUCCGCAAAAACUACCGUCGGUGUGGUCGCUUACAACCCGGGGAUGGGGAUGUUCUCUCCGGCGGGCACCGCGUCCCUCGCCGCGGUGACUUUGGCGCUGCUCGCCGUCGUCCUCUGCUCGUCUCCGGUCAGUGCAAAUGAAGACUGCCUGUGGUACGUGGAUAAAAACGGCACCUGGCACAACGGCUUCGACUGCCCGCUCAUCACGUUCUGCUGUGGGAACUGUCACCGGCGCUACUGCUGCCUGGACGCCUUCAAGAUGAUCACAGAGAGGGAGCAGAAGCGCUGCAUGCUCUUCCAGUUCAGCCCCACCACUUUAGCUGGCAUCGCCUCCUCCAUCCUCCUGUUUGUGGCCGUCAUUGCCACGAUGGUGUGCUGCUUCAUGUGCUCGUGCUGUUACCUCUACCAGAGAAGGCAGCAGAGGGGCAGGACACCUUAUGAUGUCCAGCAGAUCCCCAUGGCCAGCUACCCACUGGAGCCCAUGUACGACGCCUAUGGAAAACCACUGGGACCCUCUGAGUAUCCGCAUGCAGGUUAUCCGAUGCAGGUCAUGUACCCUGGCAUGCCCCCCCAGUAUCCGAUGAUGCAUCCUGGACCGUAUCCACAGCACCUAAUGGAUCCUGCUUACAGCCAGGCUCCUCCACCGUACUCUCCCCCUCAGUAUCCUGGUCAUUGAUGAGCUCAUCUCCAGAAACACACAGUGGGAAAUAACAGCAGCUGAGAGAAAUGACUGUUUUCAAGAGGAGAAGGAAGCAACACACAAACACACAAGAACACACAAGAACACACGCACACACACAUGGAAUCACUCAAACAAACAUUACAGCUUGACUAGCAGUGCUUAGCCUGUGAAAGAGAAAGAAAAAGGAGGCACUUUAAGAGUUUUUUUUUUUUUCUGUCCUACUUUUCUGGAAUAUUUAUGUAAAUCGAAGUAAGCACGCCGCUCCCCAAAAGCGAUGAGGUAUCUCGACUCUAUGCUGCCACCUCUGGUCACCUCAGUGGUGUUAUCUAAAUUACAUUACAGAAGAGGGUUACAAAGGGAUUUAAAACAAUGGUAAUGCGCGCCCUUUUUAUUUAUCACAGUGAGAAAUGCUUUACUUUCUUGCUUUUAUUCAAUUUGAAUAGAUUGGACCGGUAACUGCCCCAAGACGACAUUCCAUGUCAUCUCGGUCACUAAUGCGCAUUCUCCAAAUACGAGUACACGAUGUCUUCAUACCUACUUCAUCUGUAAUGUGGUAGAGGCUAAUGUGAAAAUAAAUGGGAAAUAAGGGAAGUGUGUAUGAUGUGAAACGUCACAUGUUUGGUUAAAGGCAUAUAUGAUGUGAUACAGAUGUUUUGGUUCUCCCAGUUCUGUGAAAACGCCUUUAGUCACAUGUUAGAUUCAUCUGUCUCUUCUUCUUCUUUAUAUCUGACUCAGCUGAAUACUUCAUGAUAAUAUAUUAGCUGCACCACUCUAGGUAUUGUAACAUCUUAACAUCAGCAUGCUACCCAUUCGAAAUUAUCUUUUUAAAUGUUAUCUGUCUCCUCCUGCUUCUUAGAAAUUAUUCUGAGCAUUGACCUGAUAAAUGCAGGUAGUACGAUUACAAAGGUUUUUGUUUUUUCUUGUAACAUAUCAGGUCAAGGGUCGUGCUGCUUCAAUAAAGACAAAAUGUCCGGCCUUACAAUAACUAACCGUGAAGGGGAAAAAAAGAGAUUAACUAUUUAAAUACAUAUUUUGUAAAUCUGUUCUUCAGCUUAAUAUUUUAGGAAAUGUUAAAGUUAAUUUGAAUCAAUGUAUUGUUACUGUAACAUGAGAUAUGACGUUUUGGCAUCUUUCCAUUUGGUUUUUAUUAAUCAUCAAAGUUUCCUUGUAAUGUGAAUGGGUUUUCAAUUUCUGGACUAAGCUGCGAAGCCAAAAAUCUCUACUGUCGAGAAAAGUGGAUUUUGUUAUUCACCUUUUUAAAGGUUUGACAUUUUGGGAAACGUACAUAGUUCCUGUCUUGUCAAGAGUCUGAUGACGAGACUGAUGAGACUCAUGUUGAAGCGUAAGAAGAUCUUUUAGUAAAGAGUUAAAAUUGUAAAGUAAAAGUAGUAUAAUGUAGUAGAAGUACACAAAAGUAAUUCUGUAUUUAUAGGACACUGGUGUUCACACAUUCUGAUAAGUAAAAUCAGAUGAAUAGUCAAAAUAAUCUGCUUUUGUUGUGUUACUUAUUCACAAGAGUUCUUUACAAAAUGAAAAUACUCUAAAACAGAUUUAAUAGUAGCCUAAUAAUAUGAAUUCACCCCAUGAUUUAUGACCCCAUCAGCUCUGCUAUUACAAACUUAUUUUGUGAUAGUGCCACACCUGUAUAGUGCAGAUAGGAGAAUGCAGAUAUUUGUGAAUUUCCCAAAAUGUCAAACCAUUCCCUGAGUUUAUUUUUUUUAUUUUUUACAGAUUUGGGCUCCAGUGAGGUCAGGGCCUGAACCUGUAAAUGAAUUCAUCUGUUAUUGGGUCUAGUUUAGCAUCUUGUGCAGACAACAACAGCCCUGUGCCCUCGUAACAUGUAUGAACUGUAGAAUAUGACGUCUCUAGCAUGUGUUGUACAUGUGUUUGACUACUUAUACGUUAUGCCUGGAUUAUCUUUACUUUUGGUGUAAUGUCUCCCAACAUUUAAGUCAAACAAGGCACAUAUUUAUAAAAACGUGCUGACUGGAGAA